AUGGUGUGGUGCCCUCUGCUUGAUGCGUGCAAAGCCCAUGGUGAAGCUGACUUAGCAACCUUUGCAGCCCUGAAUAUUCAUGAGAUGGAGAGUGAAAAUGAGGAAUUGAAGAAUUGUGGCAUGGAGAUGGAGGAAAUGUUGACACAAUUGAAGAGGGCAGAGAGCUCUCUGGUUGUGGAUAACAGUCUGCUUGGUUUUUCUAUUGAUGGGGUGAUGGAGCAUCCGAGAAUUGAUGAAAUAUUAACGAAACUGGACGAACUGAGCUUCAUGUUAGAGAGAAGAGGUUUUCGAGUUAGACCCAAGCUAGGCCAAGAAAUUAUAAGAGGGGAUAGUGAUAGUAAGGAGUUUGAGAAGUUAGUGGAGCAACACAUCGAGGAACUGGCAGUUGCAUAUGGGCUUAUUACAAAUGAUUCCAAAAGGCAAACCAUUAGAGUUUUUAAAAGGACCUGCUUAUCUGAGGAUUCUCAUGAUCUUCUCAAGGCUGUUUCACUGGAUAUGAGAGGUUUUGAAGAUGUGGAUAUCCAGGAUAUGAUUUCCAAAAAUACACCCAAACGACAUCAGACCAUCAAAACCUAUGAACACUGA